AUGAAGUCUAUGCAUGUUGAGAGCUCAAUCAAUGAAAAUAAUGCAAUGUCGGCAGCUAGCAGCCUCCAUUGCCAAACUGUACUCAACACUCAUUAUAUAUACACAUUACUAGUAACUGAUCCAAGGAAUUUCUGUUAUGGUUAUGACAAGGUUGUGGAGGUAGUUGGGAUUGGAGAAUGUACUGAUUGUAAGGACAUUAAUAUCAAGAGCAGCCAUGCUUUAUCAGGGCUUAAAGUAACGGUUGACUGCAAGCUUGAGAACGGGAUGCUCAAAACAAAAGGUGUGGGAGAGCUGGAUGGUGAAGGGAACUUCAAGAUCUCUCUUCCUCAAGAGAUCUUGAAAGAUGGGAAGUUGACAGAAGAAUGUUAUGCGCAACUUCACAAUGCAGCAAAUAAACCAUGUGCAGUUCAUGAUGGUUUAGAAGCCACCAAGAUCACUUUCCAGUCAAAAUCCGACCAAAAACACACCUUCCAACCUGUUGGAAAACUUAAAUUCUCAUCAGCAGUGUGCACUUCUAAAUUCUUCUGGCCUUAUUUUAAGUAUCCUCCCCUACCAACACUACCACCUUUGCCCAAAACACACCCAUGGUUUGGCCACCAUUUUCCUCUUCCUCAAUUUCCACCAAAGGUUUAUCCAUCAUUCCCAUUUCCACCAAACACACCAUCACCUACUCCUGUUUAUGACCCACCGGUUGUUGAGACUCCCCCUGUUCCAGUAUACAAUCCUCCUCCGGUUGUUGAACCACCACCAGUUUACAAUCCUCCUCCGGUUUACAAUCCACCACCUGUUUACAAUCCUCCUCCUGUUUACACACCAACACCAAAGCCAGAACCACCAGUAGUCAAGCCUCCUUGUGACCCAAAACCAAAGCCAGAGCCACCUGUCUACAAACCUGCUCCCAUUCCAGUUUAUAAGCCAAAGCCAAAGCCCCCAGUCUACAAGCCUGCUCCCGUCCCAGUUUACAAGCCAAAGCCAAAGCCAGAGCCUCCGGUCUACAAGCCUGCUCCCAUUCCGGUUUAUAAGCCAAAGCCAAAGCCACCAGUCUACAAGCCUGCUCCCAUUCCAGUUUACAAGCCAAAGCCAAAGCCUCCGGUCUACAAGCCUGAUCCCAUUCCAGUUUAUAAGCCAAAGCCAAAACCGCCUGUUUAUAAGCCUGCUCCCGUUCCAGUUUACAAACCAAAACCAAAGCCACCCGUCUACAAGCCUGCUCCAGUUCCGGUUUACAAGCCAAAGCCAAAGCCGCCAGUCUACAAACCGGCUCCGGUUCCGGUUUACAAGCCAAAACCAGAGCCACCGGUUUACAAGCCUGCUCCGGUUCCGGUUCCAGUUUACAAACCAAAGCCAAAGCCGCCAGUCUACAAACCUUCCCCUGUUCCAGUUUAUAAGCCAAAGCCUGAGCCACCGGUCUACAAACCUGCCCCUGUUCCAGUUUACAAGCCAAAGCCAGAGCCACCGGUCGUCAAGCCUCCUUGUGACCCAAAACCAAAACUAGAGCCACCUGUCUACAAGCCUGCUCCCGUUCCUAUUUACAAACCAAAGCCAGAGCCGCCGGUCUACAAGCCUGCUCCGGUUCCAGUUUACAAACCACAGCCAAAACCGCCUGUUUAUAAUCCUUCUCCUGUUCCGGAUUACAAUCCGACACCAAAAUCACCAUUGCCUCCGGUAAUAGACCCACCUUCACCAAAGAAACCUUGCCCACCAUUUUCUCUCCCAAAGCUUCCUCCUUUGCCCACCAUUCCUCCAAAGUAUUUCCAUCAUCACCCCAUCCUAGGGAAUCAUCAUCCUUUGCCCACCAUUCCUCCAAAAUAUUUCCACCAUCCCAUCGUAGGGGAUCUUCCUCCCCUACCUCCUAAGUACUCUCAUCCUUAAUUAAGACUUUGCAUGCUAUCAACAAACAAAUAAAGACUUCAUGAUUGGAAACAAUUUUAGAAGAUUAUGCAUAGAGAUUGAUAGAUCCGGCAAAGCGAUUAGGAUUUCGUUUGUGCAUGAAUUGAAUGUGUAUCAUGUGAAGAUAUUCAAUGGGGUUUGUAAAGUUUCAAGUUUGCAUUUAUAUUGUAUCGAUUGAAUCAAUAAUUGUACUUUUAACUAAAAGAAGUUAUUAUUUAAAGUUGUGUCUACAAAUAUUGUAAGCCUUUUCCACGUUA